UUGUUUUUCGAUGUGCUAUAAAUAUAUGAACCAGAGAAAUGUUUUCAGCAAAAAAAAAAAACAAAGCAAUAAUCUUACAAAAUAAAAGGAAAAAAAAGUGCGAUUAGAAAUAAUAAUUAUGCCGACGGGGCCAGUGAAACUUUUUCAAGGGUAUUCAAGCGCGACGGGCAGCGGUCAGUCGAGUGCAGUUGUGGGAGAAAGCAGGACUGACGGAGUCCAAUGCCAUGUUACUUACACCAUUUGCGAUGGCGAGAAGUCAGUGAUGAAUUUGAUAGACCUGAAUCAGUCCGUGAAUUUCGAUACCCUUAUACGUUUGGCAUCAGUUAAUGAGAAGUUAAAUUUCGUAAAGAGUCUGAAUAUCAAGGAAAAGGACUUGUUGAUUGUUGUGCAUGCUCGAAAAGUGGAAGGGAAGGAAGUUCAGACCAUGGCUAGAUUGGCAUCUGAUAUUUCUGUUCCGAUCGCCAAUAAUCUGAAAGAUUUCUUUCUGCAUUAUGGCGACUCAUAUGUUUCGUCGAUCACGCGUGGGGGAGAAUAUAUUGGAGUCUACUCAUUUCACUCCGAAACCAAAAAUGAAAGUAUGAAGUUGGAGUUGGAGCUCAAGGCCAAUGGAGUAUUCAAGUUUGGCUCCCUCGAUGCCGAUUUUAAAAGUAAACUCGAAAAAACCCUUGACAGUGUUGAGUCACAGGUUUCAUUCAAGCAAAUGAUGUUGGGGUUGGACGAUGUACCCUUGCCCAAAAGAGAAGACAUGGUUGAGUUUGCCCGCACCUUUUCCAGCCAAAAACUCAAUGCCCCCAAAGUUCUUGCAUUCGAAACCAUGGGAUACGAACACGUCGUUGGGAGCGAGUUUUCGUGCAUCGCAUUAAAUCGGGAUAUGUUAGUGGAAGUGGCAGAAAAAUUGGACAAGGUAUCGAAACUCAUCCAACGAAUCAACGAAAUACAAUCCAUCUAUGAAUUUUACGGCGGAUACGAAGACUCUCAAGUAAGCAAUGUCCUCGUCCAAGCAAAAAAGGAUUUGGUGUCACUGAAAACAAUUUUUUCAGAUUUUAAAAAAGAUCCAAUCACGCCUCUGAUCACCAUACCGGAGCUGCCAUCCCUUUCCAACGGUAUGCCGCAAAUCAAAUACAAAACUUAUUACUCAGAGGAGUAUGGCAGAUGUUAUAGUGAUGGCUACUCAUUUAACUUGUUCACAACGGUGGAUGAGUACAUCAAGAAUAAAACGAGGAUUACCGGGAUUCAGAUGCGAGCCAUUGAUUCUUACAUCUACUGUAUCACCGUCGAUUUCGAAUCCACCACUGGCAGGCGCACGGAGAAGUAUGGCAAUGAGGAAGGAGGUUUGAGUAAAAAGCUGGUGUUGGAAGAUGGUGAUUUUAUCAAGAAAAUUUAUGCUAGAUUCGACAAUGAAAUUCAUCCCCUAGGCAUAUUUCUCGAUGAAAAUAGAUCCAUUAUCGCUGGUCUUGGGCCUCGUGGCAAUAAUGAAACAGAACACACGUUUAACGUCCCCGAUGGUAGUUUCAUUCUGGGAUUUACGGGCUACAAUACCCGUAUAAUAAGUCAGAUCCAGAUCAUCUAUGCGGCGUUCCAGCCGGCCAAAUGGUCCCAACUUAUUUGAAAACCAAACACAUGCACUUGAAUCAAGUGUUAGUUUUUCUUUCCCAUUUAAUUAUAUAUGUUUGAGUAUGAUCGAUGAGAAUAAGUACGAUGCAUUCAUGGUCGUAUUCUUAUGCAUGCAUUUAAAUAAUUACGUACGUGAGUGAAUAGCUGUAUAAUAUGCAUGUAUAUUUAUGUAUUCAUGCAUGUUUUAAUAAUAUAAUUGAUAUGGUGUGAUGAUUGUUAUUUCUUGUUAAUUUUGGUAC